CUACGCCCCGCCCCCUGCCUUUUGACCAAUCUGACGUCAUACUCGCGUUUUAAUCACUUUCACAUCGACGUUCAACUCUGCUCUACAGUCCCGUCUCGCAAAAUGCUUGUUGUUCAUCACUCUUUCAACUUUAUUUGACCUACCGAAAAUAACCAACGUGUGCUAUCCUGUAAUAUCCCUUUGAAGUCCGCGCAGGGUGAAAAUAAAUGUCCCAAAUUGGCGUUAUUUUCGUGUUACUAAUGUUAAACCACAAUUAGUUUGCUUAUUGUCGCCAUCUGCUGGAGAGACGGAGAAUACCACCAUGCAUCUGAACUGAUAACGGUUGCUCUCAAAAGGGCUUGUGACGUUCGCAGGUCAAUAAAUGAAGGUUUCGGCCACUAAAUGUGUAUCAAAGGGAUUUCUCCAUGAAAACAAAGCCAAAUUAAUCUGCUGCUUAAACGUUCUGGAGCAGCCACCACAUGGCAAGAUUGGAUAGAAGCUUUGCACCAGAAGCAAGAGCAGUGUGGAGAGGAAGAAGAAAAAACAGAAAACGAUGAGGUCCAGCAUUUCCAAAAAUGCAGUGGCAAAGUUAGAAUAUGAUAUCUGCGAGCUCCUCCGUGACCUGAACAACUAUGCUUUCUGUGACCAGCCCACCCACUGCAUCAGAGCGGGAGUCCUGAGCUACCACCGCGAGUCUGACAACCCCCGACUUUCCAUCACAGCCUCACAUUUGGAGCCUCCAUUUGAGUGUCCAAGAAAAUGUGAAUACUGCCACAGAACCGCCAGGCCCGUACUGGAUGUGAGAUGGGAAGACGAGCUGGAGGCGGUGCCAAGCUAUUGCUGCGCCCAGCGCAGGAGGCUAUGCAUGGCCCUGGUGAGGAAAAGACCUUCGGUGAAGGACGAACUGGACGAGGACUUGCACAGGCGGGAAGACAAAGCCGUAGAGGCGCUGCUCAGCGGCAGAGAGAAAAAGAACGCCCAAAAUUUUAGUGACCUUUCACGUGGACUGAUGGAACUGGCGGGGUUAAAGAGAGACGACGACGCCUCCCAACAGGAACCUUCCUCAGAGGCCAAAAUCCUCAGCUUCCGGCUCGGCGGUUCUGCGGAAGAGGGCGGCUGGACACUCAAGAAUGUCGCGGAGAAUGUUGUGCAACUGAAAAAGGAAGAGGCCAGAGAGUCCGUUUGCGACCACAAGCCGCCUCUGUUUGGCAUCUGUCAUCAAAAGGAUGGAGAAUUCCACCAGAAAUUUUACAUGGAUGGCAGGACCUUUCUGAACCUGUUCCCAGAUGGCUCGGCUCAGCUCUAUUACCCGGGAGACCUCUUGGCCGUCGUCUUUGUCGUGACCAAAAAGAAGGAAAGGGUUUGCAUCGUGUACGACAACAACCAGACACCCCCGAGAGCCAUCCGAGCAAUCUUCCAGGCUAACGGCAAGGCAACAUGUUACCACGGCAACGGAAACAUAUGGUUGAGCCUAAAUAGUUCCGGUGGUCAGUGUUUGGAUGAGACGGGUGCCAGGGUCCGUCGCUGGAGUUGGAAAACGCUUCCGCCCCCUCACCUGCCUCCUCUCUUCUUGUCCCUCAAUAAGCACAUCGGGGUGCGGGUCCUGGGGAAGGAUCAAAUUUUUGUCUCCUUCCUGGCUCACGGUCAACAGGCACGCUGUAGCGUGGGUAGCUGCAGCGCUCAGUGUAAAUGCACAAGAGAGACGCCCGCGGGCGAACCUUCGCUGCUCAAAGACGAGCUGUUCGUGCUGGCCGCUCGGGUGAAGAUCCACCUGUGUAUCCAGCAUCUCAACUGGAGUCUUCUGACACCUCUGCACCAGAAGAGCACGCCGGCCCAAAGCAUCCGCGUCUUCGGCAAAAAGCUCCUGGAGGUCAGCACCAACGUACUGAUGAGCCAGCACGAACGCGCCUUCAUCAGGGGCUGCCUCCAGGACUGUCUCUAAUGGAAGAAGACCCCACCGACUGCUUCAUAGUCACAAGAGGUUUUUAAUUCAUUGUAUCAACUCAUUCCAAGUUAUGCAAAUAUAAAAAUUACUCAGAAAUCAUAGCAG